GGUCACUCUGAACAAAUCAAAAUUCCACCUCGAAUUAGUUUCGAUUCGUUUGUUGUUAGAUAUUUGACCGAAAAUAAAACAAUUUAACAAUGUCAAAGGGUCGACUGCCAAAAAAAGAUCAAAAUGGGUUUCUAUUUCAGAAAAUAUUAAAAUUGUGUUCAGUUGACGAGCUGCCCAGCCCUAAAGAGUGUUGGACAACACUCGACGGCUACAGCUUGUUCGGUCCGCCGCGAAAUGUCGUUAUUGUGCAGGUUGCUCCCCAGGAUAAGUACAACAGGACAGCUUCAACACCGUCUAUCGAAGGAGUCACCACUUCUCCAGCCCAAACCAAAGGACCGCGGCAUUUGGGGCUAUGUGGCUAUAGCGUUCAACCAGGUAGACGCGGAGCGGUUGUCCAAGGUGGGCCCUAACCGGCUGUGCGCGGAAUGGAUUAUAAAGAACGGCGGAGGAGUUCGCUUCGUGGGUAGUCCCAACAGGCUGUGGAAAGACUACAACUCUCUGCCGGGAGAGAACGCUCCGUUCGAAAUCAAGGUGGUGGACGCCUCGAAUUCCUCCAUCAUGAAAAUCGGAUUAGAGCAUCUUAAAGGCUGCUCUUGCGUCGAUACUGUCAUUUUCCACAACUGCAAGCACCUUGAGAACGACGGGCUGGAGGGAUUGCACCAUAUAAGCAGCUCCCUCGUCCGACUACAGGUGUCCGGGUGCUAUAACAUCACCGAUUCUGGACUGGCUGUGAUUGCGGAGCUGAAGAACCUGCGUCAACUCAUCAUCUUCGACAUGAUGUUUGUCAAAAAUAUGGAGGCAGUUUCCGCCAAGCUAAAGGAACACCUUCCCAGUUGCGAUAUCCAGGCCACCAAGCUCAGCGUUACUUUAAAUCCGCAAAAGUAGUUUUGGGCUGUUUUGAUGCCGAUUGAUUUUGUAGAUACAAACUUUUCAAAAUAAUGGUGCUCAACACCUGUAACUUGUAUUUAUUAUUGUUGUAAAACUAAUAAAGAGUAUAAUCAAUAUCAAAACAGUACAAAUUGAG